GGCCAGGAUGGGCUUCAGGACUCACUGUCCUGGUUAUUGCAACAACAGCAGGUCCUACCAUCGCUUCCCUCUGCUUCUCUGGAUCUGUGAAGAGGGUAGAAGGAAUUGAGGAAAGUAAAGGGACCAUUCUUGGAAUAUUUUCCUACUCUAAGGCUUACCUGGCUCCAGGCCAGCUGCUGAGGUUCCUUUCUUCCAAGCCAGUGAUUCUGGUUCUUGGACAAGGUGUUGAAGAACACAAGGAACAGAGGGGACUGUGACCUGGGGACUUUUUUUGCAGGAAGAAAACAGUCCAAAAAUGAGAGUGAUUCGCGUGGGUACCCGCAAGAGCCAGGUGAGUGCAGCUGGCUCGCAUACAGACGGACAGUGUGGUGGCAACUCUGAAAGCCUUAUACCCAGGACUGCAGUUUGAAAUCAUUGCUAUGUCCACCACAGGGGACAAGAUUCUUGAUACUGCACUCUCUAAGAUUGGAGAGAAGAGCCUAUUUACCAAGGAGCUGGAACAUGCAUUGGAGAAGAAUGAAGUGGACCUGGUUGUUCACUCCCUGAAGGACCUGCCUACUGUGCUUCCUCCGGGCUUCACCAUUGGAGCCAUCUGCAAACGAGAGAACCCCUAUGAUGCUGUUGUCUUUCACCCAAAAUUUGUUGGGAAGACUCUAGAAACCUUGCCAGAGAAGAGUGUGGUGGGAACCAGCUCCCUGCGGAGAGCAGCCCAGCUCAAGAGAAAGUUCCCACAUCUGGAGUUCAAGAAUAUUCGAGGAAAUCUCAACACAAGGCUUCAAAAGCUGGAUGAGCUGCAGGAGUUCAGCGCCAUCAUUUUGGCUGCAGCUGGCCUGCAGCGCAUGGGCUGGCAGAACCGGGUGGGGCAGAUCCUGCACCCUGAGGAAUGCAUGUAUGCUGUGGGUCAGGGAGCUCUGGGCGUGGAAGUCCGAGCCAAGGACAAGGACAUCUUGGAUCUGGUGGGUGUGUUGCAUGAUCCUGAGACUCUGCUUUGCUGCAUUGCUGAACGGGCCUUCCUGAGGCACCUGGAAGGAGGCUGCAGUGUGCCAGUAGCAGUGCAUACAGCUAUGAAGGAUGGGCAACUGUACCUGACUGGAGGAGUCUGGAGUCUGGAUGGCUCAGAUAGUAUGCAAGAGACCAUGCAGGCCACCAUCAGAGUCCCUGUCCAGCAUGAAGAUGGCCCCGAAGAUGAUCCACAGCUGGUGGGCAUCACUGCCCAGAACAUUCCACGAGUAGCUCAGCUAGCUGCUGAGAACCUGGGCAUCAGCCUGGCCAACUUGUUGCUGAACAAAGGAGCCAAGAACAUCCUGGACGUUGCCCGGCAGCUUAAUGAUGCCCACUAACUGGUUUGUGAGGCACAGGUGCCUGAGUUACUGCUCUCCAGUGCCUACAACCCAGCCCUCAGUGCCCCAUUCUCACUAACUGGGGAAUGAUUACCCCAGGGGAUUGAACUGCAGGGUCAGAGACUUGGAGGGACUGCCUUGCCUCAUUAGGUAGGGGCUUCAUCUCUUUAGAAAGAUUCCAAGCCUUUGAAUGUAACCAACUCUAUUAAUAAACCAGUUCUGAAGGUG